CUGUGCUACUGUAACCAAUCUCACAACCGCCAAUGGAAAAAAAAAAUUCGAGUUUUAUCUCUAUUCGACGGCAUCAGUACAGGUCUAGUUGCCCUCAAAAAUUUGAACUUUGAUGUUGACUGUUACUACAGUUCUGAGAUAGAUACAAAUGCUAUCAUGGUCAGUCAACAUAAUCACGGAGAUAAAGUUAUACAGCUUGGUGAUGUCCGGAAAAUUGAUGAGACAACAAUAAGGAAAAUCGUCCCAAUACAUCUCUUGCUCGGUGGCUCUCCCUGCAAUGAAUUGAGUUCGGCCAAUCCCAAACGUCGAGGUUUAGAUGAUUCCAAUGGCACUGGCAUACUGUUUUAUGAGUAUCAUCGGAUUUUAGAAUUAUUGAGGAAAUACUACAUGAGCUGCGAUUUUUUUUGGUUGUUUGAGAAUGUCUCUUCCAUGACAUCUGUUACAAGAGAUAAAAUCAGCAAAAUCUUGAAACAAGAUCCAUUGCUCGUGGACUCCGCUGAAUAUUCUACUCAACGGCGAAAGCGUUUGUUCUGGACAAACUUUAAAAAUGUAGAAACGAACAAAGAGGAAAGUCAACUUCAACAAAUUCUGGAUGAAAAUUUUGACCGCCAGGCUCUGGUUAGGACAUUAAAAACCAUUACAACCAGUUCAAUGUCACUGGCAAAAAAUAAAGUGGUUACAAUGAACGGCAAAAUUGAUUUCUUGUGGGUAACGGAAAUCGAAAAAAUCUUUUAUCUACCUCAACACUACACCGAUGUCGCAAAUCUUAAUAAGACUGCACGUUUGAAUCUUCUGGGAAAGGCCUGGUGCGUUAAAACAAUCAUGUUUUUUUUACGUACAGUACAAGAUGUGUUCGAGCGUAAGAUAAAAUAA